AUGGGCUCGCUAUCGCUCGCCAAAAACCAAUCAACAUGGAAGGAGAUCUCAGCAAAUAGUCAUGAAGGCUUCUCAUAUGUCAGCGGGAUGUCUAAUGUGAUGGAACGAGCAGCAGCUGCAGCAGAGGCAGUGACACAUGGUGCUUGGAUGCCAGAGCCAGCAGCACUCCAACCUGAUUGCAAGUUCGUCACCGUGGACAUAGAAACAGGUGGCUUUGCUGCCACAGAUGAAGUUAUUCAGUUGGCAGCAAAGUGUGGCGAUGAAGAGUUUUCCGUCUUUAUCUGCCCCACCAAAAAAUUUCACCCUAAAGCCACAGAGGCCACAGGUUUCAAACUUCAAAAUGGACAGUUGUUUCGAAGGAAUCGGUGCAUUCCGACAGUGCCAGUAGCUGAAGCCUGCAGAAAGUUUCUCGACUUCUUAUCCAGUUGUGGAGAUCAGAUCAUCAUUGUUGGUCACAAUAUUAUCAGGUUUGAUUUUCCUCGAAUUUUAAAACUCUUGCGGCAGCAUGGUUUGGCCAAAGAAUUUUUGAACUUGGUGUUUGGAAUGACAGAUACAAUGCCACUACUGAAACAAGGUAAAAUGAGUAAACAAGAACAUUUGGCAGAUAAAUAUUUGACUGCUGAUGAGUGGCAACCAUAUAUAAGGGGUGCCCAUGACGCUCUGAUUGAUUGCAAGUUAUUAGAUGGGUUGUUGGCUCACUUCAAAGUGACAGAAGCAAAAUUGAAUUAG